AUGAUUGUUGAAAAACGAAUAGAAUACAUGAAGUUUCAAAUCAUGGUAAAACGUUUUCUCUGCAUCAUCGGGUUUUGGUCGUCCGAAAAUUCAAAUAUAUUCUUUAAAAAUUUGUUAUUUUUACAUCUCUCAUUUUUUAUAAUUCCCAUUAUUGGUGUGAUUAAUUUUUUCAAAACUCACAUUUCAAAUAUACACCUUGCUACAAAAGGUUUAAGUGUUCUGGUUGGGUUUUCUACCGUUAUCGUCAAAGUAGCAUGUUUCGUCAUCAACCGAAAAGACAUUAACGAUUUGUACAAGAUUCUCGAUCCUUAUGUCGAUGAAUUGUUAAACAAAUCUGGAAUUUCGGACGUGGUUUUAAAAGGAAUAUCAAAUUUUCGUCGACUAUGCAAAAUCGCCGCUGGAUUUGUGACGGUGUCUUGUUCUUCUUAUGCAAUCACACCGAUUCUUUCAAUAAUUAGCCAGUGGAGACACCAAAAACGACCUAUUAGAUACAAUCUAAUUUAUCCGACUGCAUACCCUUGGGAGCAUCCUGCGAGUGGUUUCUUGUACAAUUGUCACUUUUUGAACGAAUACUUAACGACAUUUAGUAUCGUCACUGUAACGGCUAGCAUAGAUAGUGUUUUUGUGUACUACGUUUUCCAAAUAAUUGGAAUGAUACGGGAGAUUUCGCAUGACAUGUCACGUUUUGAUCAGGGCAAUGUCGAUGCUAUUAUUCGUCAAUGUGUUCAACAGUAUGAAGUGUUACUGGAGUGUCGGAGGAAAGUCGAAAAGAUUUUUGGGCCAAUAAUACUUUGGUCGAUGGGUACCAAUGCAAUCAUACUAUGUGCUGUCAUUUUUCAACUAUCUCAUGCAAAAACCAUACCGUUCACAGUAAUAGUGAUUUGUGCAGCAUACGCUGGUUUGAAACUGACUCAAAUUUUCAUUUUUGCAUGGGCAGGCUCGCAACUCACCAUCGAGAGUGAAAAUUUAAUAGACACUAUUUACGCAGCCAAUUGGCUUGGGAAUAAACGUACGAUGACUUCGAUAUUAAUGAUGCUCACCCAAAAACCGCUGGUAUUAACUGCCUGCAGCUUAUCAACAGUAUCAAUAGAUAUGUUUGUGUCAGUAAUCAACACAACUAUUUCAUACUAUUUAUUGUUGAAAACCUUUGAAGCCGAUACGUAG